GUGACGGUCCGAGCACUAUUUGGAACAUUAGACGAGCUCACCAUUGUCAUGCCAGAGGGAUGGUAGAGAAAAAAGCCAGUCGACCUUGGACAAAGGCAGAAGAUGAGCUCCUCAGGAAUGCCGUCAGGAUCCAUGGCGCCCACGACAAUUGGAAACUUGUGGCUCAACAAAUCCCAGACCGCGAUAACAAAGCCUGUCGCAAGAGAUGGCUUCACUCUCUUUGUCCCUCUGUAAAGAAGACAUCAUGGACUGCGGAAGAGGAUAGUCGCUUGCUCGAACUUCUCAGUGUGCAUGGGCAAAAGUGGUCUCUUAUUGCACGCCAGAUACCGGGACGAACAGAUGACGCUUGCUCAAAGCGGUACAACGAGGCCUUAGAUCCGAGUCUGAAGAAGAGUGAAUGGACAUCAGAGGAAGAUGGGCUACUCCUUCGAGCUCUGAAUGAAAUAGGACAUCGUAGUUGGAAGGAAAUCGGUCAACGCCUGCGUCGUAGUGGAUUGGAUUGCCGCAAUCGGUAAACGAUUGCUCAUGGAAUGUGGCUAAAUCAAAGUCUGAUAGUGCUCUAGGUACAAGCUACUCGAACGGAAACGGAAAGGCGCAGAAACAACAUCAACACCACAGUCUCAGGAAACGAUGCCUCAAUGUAAUGUCGUAGGCCAAACACUGCCCUUCGAACCCCCAUAUUAUCCACGAGAAGCGUACCCAUUAUUUCUGGAAGGUAAUCCCUUCAGUUAUCUGGACCCAGUUCCGGAAGCCCCUCCUCUCCCUCUCUUCCCUGAAGUGGCUCCCUUCCAAUUUUCUUCAUCCUCUCUUAGUGCGGCGCUUGAAGAUUCCUCACAAACCCCAGUCACCUUCCUUCACCCCAAUUGUAUGCAUCCUUCGUCCUGUAACACGCCGUCCGUGCGGCCAUCUCCAACCCUUUCACCAACUGGACCUGACCAUAUCGAUGAACCGAUUUUUUUGGACGGCUUUCCAACUACGCCCCAACUCAUCUAUGCUAGCCAAUCUUUGGAUCCUGUUUAUUCGGAAGGGUCCAUACCUAUCGACACCACCAUACCUGCUUUAGAUUCCGGAUUCGAGUCAGCUUACUUGACUCCGAUCGAAGCUGCGAAAUCGCCGUUACCCGCACAACCUGUGGAUAUUUCUUUAUUCUAUGAUCGUCACGCUGGUAGUCCCUUCACUGAAACAUCACCCGAAACCAACGUAGGUGAAAUUUCAGCAUCCUGCAGCCCAUACGAGCAUGUCUCGCAACUCUCCCCAUCCACCUCUGACGCAGUAGCCGACGACCUUCUAGCUUGCCCGGAUUCGUUACUUUCUGAGUCUCUCCUUUUCUCAAAUACUACCACGGGCAGAGAGACUCGAGUACGGAUGUCAAUGCCCAACAAGAAAACUAUCGAAACCUCUACUCCCCAACGUCUCUCGACAAUCAUGCCCUUGUGUUCAAAUCGGACAUUGCGACCUUAUGCUUGCGGUCAUCGUGACUGUUGGCCUGCCACGGCGGCUGUCGGUACCUCUUGCUUUGCGACCUCGAAGGAACUAUGGGAACACAGCAGAGCCGUACAUCUAGACGACUUCGGCGAUGAACGGCCGUUUCGCUGUGCUCUAGAAGGGUGCGGUAAAUCUUGGAAGAGCUUAAACGGCAUACAAUAUCACCUACAAGUCUCGACCGCUCAUUUCCAGCAAGCUUUGUCGUCUACUUUCUCCUCCAUCGGCAACGAUGAAUCACAGCAAUCAGACUCUUUGGUGGAGCAAGACGGAGACGAUCAGAACAAGCGUUUCACUUGUGACCAAUCCAACUGCUUCAAGACAUACAAGAAUGCCAGUGGGCUAAGAUACCACAAGAAGCAUGGACAUCCCAGGAAACUUCCGAUGCAGCUGGUUGUCAUGCCUCCUUCUCUCGCACGGGAUCUCCCGAGUAGAAUAAGGAAGAUGCGUAAGAAAGACGCCGCGAGCCACGUCGCAGUUUCCGACUAAGUUCUUCGGGUUCUCAGUUAUCUAAUCUGUAGCAGUUCACAUUUAUGUAUGAUAUAACAUUACGACUAAUUGAUAAUUCAUCUGCUGUUCCUCUGUA